AAAUCUCUCACACUCUGUUCCACUCUUAUCCUUUCAUCAUCAUCAUCAUCACUUACCUUCACAGAGAGAUAGAGAGAGAGCUUCAAUCGAAUCGAAUCAUCCAUGUAAGUGUGAGAUGUCUCUUGAACAAUGCAACAAGAAGCUCUCUCUUUCCUCUCUUCUUCUUCCUCUUUCCCUUCCCUUCACCACAAUUUUCCCACUCUUUCUCGCCUCCGCUUCCACAGUUUUCCCGCACUUUCCUUCAAACCAAACACUUCUUCUUCUUCACUCUUCAAAUCCCCAGAUUUCACCGAUUUCUCCUCCUCCACGGUCUCAACGACCACCGAAACCCUAGAAUCCUCCAUCCACGAGAAACUCAUUUACCUCGAUUCACUCGGUAUCGAUUUCUUAACCCUAAUCAACCGUCACCCUCCUCUCCUCUCCACCGCUCUCUCCGCCGUUAAAUCCGUCGUCGAUUACAUGACCACUCCACCAAUCAACUUCACCUUACCAGAUUUUCGCCGCCUCGUCUCCAUGUGCCCCGAGCUUCUCACUUCACCGCUUAACUCACACACAAUCCCAGUCAUCACUUUCCUCCUCCGCGAAGUCGGCGUUGACUCUAUCUUUGACCUCCGUCAAGCCUUACGCCGUCGUCCUCGUCUUCUCGCCUGUAGCGUCGAUCACCAGCUCAGACCAACGCUUUACUUCCUCCAGAGAAUCGGAAUCUUAGAUCCGCAUAAACAUACGUAUCUGCUCUCUUGUAGCGUCGAGAAUAAACUAGUACCACGGAUUGAUUACUUUGAAAAGCUAGGAUUCUCCCGGCGUAGCGCCACGGCUAUGUUUAAGAGAUUCCCGCAGCUGUUUAAUUACAGUAUUGCUGAGAACUAUGACCCCAAGUUGAAUUAUUUAAUGGUGGAGAUGGGGAGAGAUGUGAGAGAGGUUCUCGAGUUUCCUCAGUAUUUCUCGUUUAGUUUGGAGAAUCGGAUUAAACCGAGGCAUCAGGCUUGUGCGGCGAAAGGCGUGAGGUUCCCAUUGCCGGUGAUGUUGAAGACGAAUGAAGCUGGGUUUCGGGAUACAUUGGAGGUAUGUUGUGAUUCUUCCCCGCCAUUGAAGACCUCUCGCCUUGUUACUGUACAAAAGAGUCUUGAUUUAUAGAGUUUUGUGCUAGGGAACUUGGAACAUUGAAGAGCAAGUACAUUUUUGUAUUGAAUGAUUCUGAAGAACUCAAAGAAUGAAGACACCGGUGUCUGCCUACGUUUUGAGACACACAUAGAGAGAGAGAGAUGGUGAGAUUAUAUAUCUUUGAUAAGAGAAAGAAUGUUCAUUUACAAUAGAAUCCGAUGUUUUUUCCCGGUCUGCUUAUUGUUGUGACCGAGCAAUCAAGUGUAUGAAACCGUGUAGAGUUCCGAUUUGCACAGAAUUGUGGUUCUACAGUUGAAGAUGCAGGAUGAUGAAUAUGUGAACUGAUUAGCUUUAUGAGUUAGUGAUUGGUCUUUUAACAGGUCAA